CCGAGUCGCGUCAGCAACGUCGAACUGAAAACAACGCGACUUUUGGCCGCGACUUUUUGAAUAAAAGAAGCGAAGGCGAGGCGCAAAUCGACGAAAUAUCACGCAUACGCCGCGUUCAACCGAAAGGCAAAGCGAAUGGCCAGCGAAGUGUUAUGAAAAGAAACCAAGGGAAAAGCGUUUACGCCUUGGCUCGUUAGUGGAGUUCUUGCCUUUUUGGCCAGUUUACGAGCGGCUCAGCAUAAAUUGCUGGUUCCACAUAAUCCGACUCCACCACCACCAACUCCCGUUGCCCAUUUCCCAUUUCCCAUUCGCACGAGCGUAAUGAGACUAUGAGAAGCGGGGCAGCCGGAAAAGCAACAGCGGGAAACUCAGCCGAGGAGCCAUGACAUCUGGAGUCAGCCGGAGUCUGGAGCUGUGGCCUCUGCCCGAGUGAAGAGCCCCAUCCCCAGCGAUGCUGCGCGAUAUCUUCCUGUAUUUAGUUCUAAUCGUUUUAUUUUGCUUCAUUUUCAUGGCGCAGUUAAUCGUCAACGUUUACGCCUUCCAACGCCAGCCGUCGCCCCACAAAGCGGAGCGCAAUGAAAUUAUAUUUGUCUAGAGGGGAGCUCUAGAGGCAGGCUCCGCCCACAGAGCCCCCAAAGGGCACAGGGAGUGAGAACGAGAAAUCGCGCUGAUGAAGUAACCAACGGAAAUAUAAAGCUAUCAAAUAUGUCUGAGCAAAAUAUGGCUCAUUAGGCGUACUUGUCUAGAGACUGUAUCGGCCAUCAACCCAGUAUUCGGGUUUACAACGACAUAGGCAGAGCUUCAUUACAAGUAGGAGUUAACUGGAUUAAUCACAACACCUGUUAGGUCCAAGAUAUCGUCUUUUCUUCCGGUGCAGCCUCGGUGGGAGGAGGGAGGGGGGAGGCAGGAAAAUGAAGACGCUACAAAAGCAAAGGCCACAAGUCAACUCGCGGCGGUUUCCAUUUAAUGCGAAAAGGAACUCAACUAGGUUCAACUCUCGGUUGAGUGAGAAAAGUGGGAAAAAGCGCAGGGAGUAGGCGGGAAAGCCAGGGGAAAUCCAGU